AGGUCCUGACCGCCUCUUGGUAAGCCGAAGAGGUGCUCUCCACCAUAUCUCGCUACCUAUAUAUACCCCAGACAUACUCAUAAGUAGCUGCGGGAGCGCACCAACUUCAUCCGCAACAACGCGCCGUUCGAGGACGCGAGACACUCCUACCGACCACCCAGCCCAACCUCUAGGACCAAGAUUGGCUACAUCAUGCCCGCUCCCAAAAGCACACGACGGCGUCCGGCCGAAAGGCAGACAGUCAACACUCGCCGAACACGACGGUAUCCGGACUGGUACUAUCGUGUGGUUGCUCUGGCCGCCAAGGAGGAUCGGGAGGUGGAGAGUGACGACUUCGAAGAGGAUCUGUCUGAAUUAGAGUCCGAGUCAGACGAAGAUUAUUUCGAAGUGUCGGUGGAAGAGUACGACAAACACACCCUUUACUAUGACCUCAGGAAUCGACGCGAAGAAUAUAAAGAGUGGAUGAUCGGGUUAAAAAAAAAAAAGGCGGAUAAACAAAAAUUCGAGCGCAGCAGGGAGGAAAAGGUGCAAAAAGUGUACGAUGACUUGCAAGGAGCCGAGAUGGAGGGUGAUUUGCCCGAUCUUGACUGCCUCGACGGGAAGAGGUUCCGUCUCUAUUGUGCCGACCACGUGGAGUAUUGUAACAACCCGGACACGGAUUGGCUCAGAGAAUUGCAGCUCUACUGGUCAGACUUAAACACCGAACUACUACCAGUCGAAGGAACACCAACACAUAUCGCCGGUGAAAUUAUAAUCGAUUCAGACCGCUACUACACGUUUAAUCCUUUCCCCCAUCCCGGAGCGCCGAGUCGGGAGGAAGUUCGGGCGGAGAGCAGCAAGGGAGGGCACGAGAUCGUGUUUCAGUUCGUCAGCGACAAGUACCUGAUCAUGACUGUCAGCCGAGAGCUGGUCUUCAUGCACGGCGGGCCGCCGCCGGCGUCGUGUCCAGAAAGAUUCAGGUUUGUGGGCGUCUUUUACACCGAGGAGGAGAUGGACAUGCGGCGUCUGGGAGUAAGCGGAUAUUCACCGUCUCCGCCAGCCUACACCCAGCAACCACAUGUAUUUGUCCCACAGUAGAAUCUCUAAUAUAAGCUGCCUAGUACCUAGGUAGGUAGCCAAUGCCGACCUCGCCCGUCGAAGAGCGAGUAAAUGUUAACCCGGCAAACGUGCAUUCCCGCUUUCCUUCCUACUGCCUCGAAAUGAUCACGGGUCCCAGAGGCUAGAGCAGUAGGUACUAAACCCUACCUGUCCUCUUCGCGGGAGCGUUGCCGACUUGAAGAAACGGCUUCCUGCGAAAGAGAACCCUUUCUUAAAACUAGCUUAUCGUUUCGGAGAACAAGAUGGGUAAGGGUAGUCUCUACACCUCCUUUCCUGCCACCUGCUUGCUCGUCGUAAACGUGCGAUGCUUCGCCGCGUCUCCAACCGCAAAAAUCUCAGAUAAUCACCGCGAGGUAGUGAGUUGGUUGAGCUGGUCGAGUGUAAACAAUUCUUCUCUCCCUUGUAAGGUGGCUUCCCGAGCUCCCGGCCCGGCUGCUAUGGUGACGGCGACCGGGUUUUGAGCUUAGAAGUGAGUGAUAAGAAACGGCUUUUCCUACAGGAUUGUUUCUACGAAACGGAAUAAGGCUGGGUGGCGA